GACUUGAAAUAGGAGGAUUGAGUACUUGGGUAUUUGGUGUUGUAGUAUGGGAAAGCAGGGAAUUGGCUGGAAACGCUUUUGGAUAUCUUCCUAAGAUAUUGCCACCUUCCAGCUUUUUCGCAAAUCUUGAAUCCAAACCGCCUUUAUCCAAUCUUGUAAAUGUUCGUGGAUUUAUCAAGGCUGAGGAUGGCAGAAGAGGCGGAUGGUGGCUACCACUUUGGAAUGACGAUUCUGUUGAGGACACUUUGGAGUCUCCUAUUACUAGUACUAAUAAUGCAGAUGAACAAAAUCAGACUGGUACAAUACAAGUCGCUCGUUCAUCUUCGCCUGAUCCACAUUCAACUCCGGUUUUCGUGGUACCAUCAAGUAAUACUACUCGAUCAAAUUCACCAACACCGGAAAAUGUACCUUUAACAGCA